AUGAGGGAGAACCUUAUCCUGUCCUUCACUACUGAAGAUAUUAGGAAGGGCAUAUGGAGUAUUGAUGACAACAAAGUCCCUGACUUAGAUGGCUACAAUAGCAGGUCUUACAAAGCUGCUUGGUCUGUGGUGGGCCCUGAUGUUGUUACGACUAUCCAUAGUUUCUUCCAAACAGGGAAGCUCUCAAAGGCAUGGAGCCUCACUACCAUCACCCUAGUGCCUAAAGUUCCCUGCCCCUCUGGCCCAGGUGACUACUGGCCUAUCUCUUGUUGCCAUGUCAUUUAUAAAUGUAUUGUCAAAAUCUUAGCUGAAGUAGGUUCUUGGAGGCAUCAUCAGUCCAACACAAGGAAGGGUUGCUCAUCUAGUUGCUUGAUAAAAGUGGAUCUCUGCAAAGCUUAUGAUACACUCGAAUGGAAUUUUCAUCCAGGAUAUGCUUGUAGCUCUGCGUUUCCCUUCCCAUUUUAUUAA